CCUGACAGUCCCGGAUUGAACCGUAUCGUCAAUUUGCGGAGCAGCCGCCGAGCCCCGUCCGGCCCGCGGUCAGAGCCCGGAGCAGCCGCUGAAGGUCGGCCCCGUUGCCACAGUUUGAACGCCCGGAGAAUGUGAGAUGUCAGCACCGAAUACCCUGCAGAAAGCAAUUGACCUUGUGACUAAAGCCACAGAAGAAGACAAGGCAAAGAAUUACGAGGAAGCCCUUCGCCUUUACCAGCACGCCGUCGAGUAUUUCCUUCAUGCCAUUAAAUAUGAGGCUCAUGGAGAGAAAGCAAGGGAGAGUAUUCGAGCCAAAUGCAUCCAGUAUCUGGAUAGGGCUGAAAAACUGAAGGAAUAUUUAAAAAACAAAGACAAGAGUGGAAAGAAACCAGUGAAAGAAUCGCAGCAAAAUGACAAAGGCAGUGACAGUGAUAGUGAGGGAGAAAACCCAGAGAAGAAGAAACUCCAGGAGCAAUUGAUGGGUGCCAUUGUUAUGGAGAAACCAAAUGUUCGGUGGAAUGAUGUCGCUGGUUUAGAGGGAGCAAAGGAGGCAUUGAAAGAAGCUGUGAUUUUACCCAUCAAGUUUCCUCAUCUGUUCACAGGGAAGCGAACUCCUUGGCGUGGGAUUCUCCUCUUUGGACCUCCAGGAACAGGAAAGUCAUUUCUGGCAAAAGCCGUGGCAACAGAGGCCAAUAACUCCACUUUCUUCUCUGUUUCCUCAUCUGACCUCAUGUCCAAAUGGUUAGGAGAGAGUGAAAAACUUGUAAAGAACCUGUUUGAGCUGGCGCGACAGCAGAAACCCUCAAUCAUAUUUAUUGAUGAAGUUGAUUCUCUUUGCGGAUCCCGGAAUGAGAAUGAGAGUGAAGCUGCCAGACGCAUAAAAACUGAGUUUUUAGUACAGAUGCAAGGAGUUGGAAACAGUAGUGAUGGUAUCUUGGUUCUUGGGGCCACAAACAUCCCUUGGGUCUUGGAUGCUGCGAUUAGGAGGAGGUUUGAGAAGCGGAUUUAUAUCCCACUACCAGAGGAGCCGGCUCGAGUCCACAUGUUCAGGCUGCACCUGGGGAGCACCCCUCACUGCCUGUCUGAGGUCGAUUUCCGGGAACUCGGCAGAAAAACAGAAGGUUACUCUGGAGCCGACAUCAGUAUCAUUGUACGUGACGCAUUAAUGCAGCCAGUUCGCAAAGUCCAGUCUGCAACACACUUUAAACAGAUUCGUGGACCAUCGAGAUCCAACCCCAACGUUCUGAUUGAUGAUCUGCUGACCCCAUGCUCUCCGGGAGAUACUGCAGCAAUCGAGAUGACGUGGAUGGAAGUUCCCAGUGACAAGCUCUUGGAGCCUAUCGUUUGCAUGUCCGACAUGCUUCGCUCACUCGCAACCACACGGCCCACUGUCAAUGCUGAUGAUCUCCUGAAGGUGAAAAAAUUUACAGAAGACUUUGGUCAGGAAGGCUGAGCGUCCAUUACUUCUGGCAAUUUUUAAAAUCUUCAUCUGAUUUUAUUGCAUCCAGCCCUUCCCAGUGCCACAACCCAAACAGCCAUGGCUGGAAGCAGAAGAAGAAUGUGCAAGACUAGAGAUUCAAUAGAAGAGCACGGAGUAGAGCUGCUGCUCAUUUUGCCUAUUUAUAAAAAAGCUGAAUUUUGUUUGUUUUGCUGAACACUGUUUGAUUCUGAUGUCAGUUCCUCUGACUGUGCAGUACAGAUCCUGAUGGACUGGCUGGAAUCUUGCAUGAACCCGACUCCCAACAAACAAUAGAAAACAAAAAGCUGUUUCCCAGAUUUAUGUCGGAGUUUUCAAAGGUUUCUUCUCUCACCUUCCUCUAUUUACUGAUUGAGAGCCUUAAAAUAAAAACCUUGCUGAUCC